UCACUCAAUAAAGCAGAAGGCAAGGAUUGCAAAGCUUACAUUCAGACAUAACUGAGAGUCUUUCCUCCUCAGAAUCCUGCCUAAGUAGGCAGCAUGAUGUACGUUUGGGACGCGCCCGCUGUUGUGUGGAGUGAUGAUGCAGGUAGCUAAUGAAUGCUGGGAAAGCGGAACUCCUGACAGCAACAAUGAAAGCAAUCGUUCAGAGGGUCACUAAAGCGAGCGUUACGGUUGGAGAGGAUCAGAUCAGCUCCAUUGGGAGGGGUCUUUGCAUUUUGCUGGGAAUAUCAGCUGAAGACACACAAAAAGAUGCAGACUACAUAGUGCGUAAGAUCCUGAACCUCCGUGUGUUUGAGGAUGAGAAUGGCCGUGCGUGGAGUCGGAGUGUAAUGGAUAAAGAGCUGGAGGUGUUGUGUGUGAGUCAGUUCACACUGCAGUGUAUUCUCAAAGGCAACAAGCCUGACUUCCAUUCAGCCCUGACUGCAGAAUUAGCCCAGCCCUUUUACAACAGCAUUCUGGAGCAGAUGAGGACUGUAUAUAAGCCAGAGCUCAUCAAAGAUGGUCAGUUUGCUGCAUACAUGCAGGUAAACAUUCAGAAUGAUGGACCUGUCACCAUUUGUUUAGAAUCUCCUAGUGGGCCCACAGAUGCUAAACAGCUCGCCAAACUAGAAAAGCAGCAGCAGCGUAAGGAGAAAACAAGGUCGAAAGGCAACCUGGAGUCGGGCAGGGAGAAGGGUGCCCUGCGCUCUAAAGCUGAAUCUAAUGCCAGCAGCGGAGCAGAGGGAGACGUGUCUUCAGAAAGAGAACCAUAGAUAAUGGACUUGCUUUAUUUGGGACUGAUCUGUCCCGCCUCCAGAUAUGGACAUCCAGCUUCAGGGACUUCAGGCAGCGUAGCGAAAGUAAACCAGACGCUAAUGACAUAAUCAUGAUCGUUAUUCUCCCAUCUUUGCUCACCCUUACAGCCAACUGUACAGCCUUAAUUUUUCAAUCUUGGAUUGUUUAAAACACCAGGACCUAUGAAGCAGACGGAUGACAGGGUGAAAUUGGCUGGGAUAUGAAAAACCACAUUCAUGCUGUUUUGGAGCAAAAUGUGAAUAUUUAUUAAGCUGUUGUAGUAUACUGUCCAAUGUAUACAUGUGGAAAUGUAUUUAAUAAAAAAAUAUAUAUAUAUAUGAACAUGGACAAUAGACAAGAGUCAUGUCUUUAUUUUGAAGGUAGAAAAUGUAUGUGAAUUUCACUUGUGGUAUUAUGGGACUACUUCUUUGAAACUGAUUUCUAACAACCUUUAGACAGCCUGUAACUGUUUUAGUUGAGUUUUUAUUUAUUUUAUUUAUUUUUUCCUUUUAUUUGUUGUCUUCCUUGUUUUUACUUUUAACCAUUUACCUUUUUAAUCUUUUAUUUAUUUUUUAUUUUACACAUAUUACUAGUCUAAUUAUUAUCUUUUUAUUUUAUUCCUUUACAUUUUAGCCUGUCAGCUUAUCCUUUUAUACUGAAUUAUGUUAUUUCUUCUUAAUUAAAUCUUAAAUCUUAAA